AUGGAGCGCCACAAUCGACUCCGCCGGUUCGGUCGGUCAUUCCGCGAAGGAGUAGGUUAAUAUGGUUACGUAUGUUCAUCCAGUUAAAGAUUGAAUGCUACUUACAGUAUACUAAAUACCAUUUUAGAGAGUUUAUUAAAUCAUUAAAAUGCUUUUUUAAACAUAAAGAUAACCUUAACUUGCAGGCCAGCUCUUUCCGCUCAAAUAUCUCCAACUACAGUACGGCCAAACAAGUCUCUCAAUGGGUACGAAUCACACACAAAGUAUAUCACGACUACGGUCUCAAACAUAUUUUGCUCAUCAUUAUAUUGAUCAUCUACCAGUGUAUCGGAGCCGGUGUCUUUUACUACUGUGAACACUCAAACGAAGAAUCCAAGGAAAUAGAAUGGAACAGAGAACUGAAAGAGAACAGGACCAUCCUCAUCAACAACAUCAUCAAAAGGAUGUUCAACAACACCGAGUACCUCUUCUUCUUGACCCAAACCCAAUCUCAAGAGUUAUACCUUGAGUUAAAGGGUAUGUUCGAGAAGUACGAAAGCGAUCUGGAAGUCAAAUUCACUGAUCAGAAGAUAAAGUGGGACUUCUGGACAGCCAUGUUAUACGCUCAGAUGAUAUGCACUACUAUUGGGGGCGGAUUUGCACAUCUUUAUCCUUCUACAAUGUCAGGAAGAAUCUGCACGAUGAUCUACGCUUUCUUCGGAAUCCCACUAGUUCUUACAAUUCUGGAUGAUUUAGGUAUGUUUUUGAUUUUACAGUACCUUAUCUUUAGAACGAUAUUAUACCCUUCCGUGAUAACAAUAUAAUAAACAUUACCCUUUCUUUAGGCAAAAUCUUCACAAAAUGUCUGAAAACACCAUGGUGGCUUUUCAAAUGUGGAUGUCGUCGUAUGUUCAGCUACUGUACCAAACAGACCAUUGAAGAGAUACGGGUAUUAGACAGAGAAGACAAGAAAGACCUGGACGUGUUCGACCUCCCAAUACCCAUAGCUAUCUUGGUGGUGUUUGUCUGGAUUCUGAUAUGUUCUGCCACUUUUUGUAUAUGGGAGAAAGAUUGGGACUACUUUGUCGCCUUUUACUUCUUCUUCAUAUCUUUGAGUACCAUCGGGUUAGGAGAUAUAUCACCUUCACAGCCCAAAUAUCUACUCAUGUUGUUCGUAUACAUUAUUAUUGGAUUGUCGUUGGUAUCUAUGUGCAUCAACUUAAUACAAGUAAGUAAAAUGUUAAACCGUUUACCACGAUUUAGUUAUACAAUGGUAUUAGUUUGGUUCAUAUAUACAUUUUCAGAUAAAAUUCGAAAGAACAUACCAACAUGGCAAAGACAAGUUGUAUAUCACUCAAAACACUCAGGUAGGUCUGAAGCGACGACGAUCAUCAUUAGGAGUCAUCAGAGGAACAAUAUCAUCACAUUCCUUAUCCAAAGAAUCCACUCAGCGAUACCUCAGUCAACGGACAGCUUUUAACAAGAGCUGCCAAACUAUAUUAUCCUUCCCAUCUGCUCGGAAUAACGCAUACGUUACUCACAGUGUGUACAACCCUAAGGUAAGUUUCAGCACAAUUUACCUACACUUCACAAAACUUUAAACUCAUACACAAUAACAUACCAACUUUAAGGCCUAUCCAAGAACGUUAUCCAUAGACGAUGUUAUGAAACUGGUAGACACAGAAGAAGGCGACAUAUUACUCUUGACAGAACUAACUCGAGACCAAUCUACACUCAGCGAGAUAAGUGAAGCCGUCAGAAGUGAUAUCACUGAAUCCUCUCAACAAGUGGUUAUCUCCAAAUCAUUCGAAAACACCUUCAAUCAACCUCUCGAACCGGUGAUAACAGCCAACCCAAGACACUCAAACAAGUCCAAGAUCUCAAACUGUCCAUCUACCACACCUGUCCUGCCUCAAAGUCUAGAUAUCGAAGCGUUGGAAGAGAUGGAAGAUCGACUUUUACUCAGUAGAGCUGCUUCAUUCGACGCUAAUCCAUCAGUUCACUUCAGGUCAAGGUAAAUAAUAUCAUAAGUACAAUUACAUUUCUUUGUAGUAUUUAAAUAAUAAAAAAAACAAAUUUCAUUGCUUAAUUUUUUAGGCUCAGCUUGAUUUUGGAACAGCAAAGUGCUGUAGAAGAAGACGAAAGUCCAAUAGAAGUAUCAAACUCAAGUUCAAAGUCAACUUCAGUCAGUUCAAACGCUGAUGAACUACUUGGAAGGCAGUAA